UUAAGAAACACAUUGCGUGUCACAUUUCUCACACCAUCCCGCACCACUAAAAGGAAUUUUCAUUUUUUGUAAAUUGCUGUUUGAAAUGACUUUUCUGGACUAUCUUUUUCUGCACAACUGAAGACAAAGUCAACUUGAGGACAAACGGGACUGAACAGCAAGAUGGCCCAAAUGGAUAACAAGCAAAGAAAAGAACAACAAAGGAAUACUGACAUGAAAACCCAACCAGAGCUUCUUAAAAGACAGACAACAAGGAUUUGUCAUGAAAAGCAUGAUUCUGAACGUGUUUGGAAAAGAGCACAAGGUGGUGAACAUGAAAUUGAAUUCCUGAGGACAAAAAUAUGGAAGCAACACGAGGAAAUUGAAAGACUAAAAUCUGAAAACUAUGACCAGACCCUAUGUAUAAAAACUUUGAGAUUGCAAAUGGAAUAUUUUGCAAAGAAAGUCAAGGAAAGCGUAAAGACAGCCGUAAAAGAAAAAAUGUUUCUUCAGAACUCUUUGACUUUAAUUAACAAAACGACACAACUACUGGGGACACAACAUAGUGCAAUUAAAACCAAGCAAAGCAGAUUAGAAUCAAUUAUCCCAAAUUGUAGGAAACAAUCACAGAAACAUAAGGGAGUACUCAAAGAACCUAAACCCCAGAGACAACAGUGGUUGAUUGAAAAUCUAGUGAAAAAUAGUAAACAAACAGUUAUUUUGACAAAGCAGACCAAGGAACAAUUGGAAAUAAACAUGGGAUAUUUCAAACAAGAAUUACACAGACAUGAAGAAAAUGUUUUAUACCUUAAAGAUCAAACUAAGCACAUCAAUAACAAGAUGAUUAUGAUUGUCAAUCUUAUGAAGCAACUUUGGCCUCAAUUACAAACACAUACUAAAACAAAAACAGCAAUAUUCACAGGAUUUAAACAAAGAACAAUUAAUGAAAGAACUAAGUUUUUUAAAUCCUUUGUGCUGGAAAACCGCGAACAAAUAUUUGGAAACAUAAUGAAAGAUACUGUAGAUAAGGGAAAGGCAAUUGAAGAACGCUUGAAAAUGUAUCCCAUUCACAAAGUGACAGCUAAAAUGUACAGACUGCUUUCUAAGGUAAAACAAGUUAGAAAGAAUAUGCACACGGAGAAGAAACAAAGUGCCAAGGACAUUGCAGAAGAACGAAAAAAAAACAAGAGAAUGAAAUAUAAAACACAAAAAAUAAAUCGAGAACUUGACCAACGACGAGAGAGAAUUAUGCAAGAGAGGGAUGAGUUAGAAAUCCUCAAGCUCAAGGUAUAUAAACAACUAGAUACACUUGAAGACAAGGGUUUGAUGCAAACAAUGGCUGUGAUGAACACUCCUCAUUGCUGUAAAGCAGAAGAAGUACACCUUCAGAAAAUGACAAGGAUAUCAGAUGAGACGAUUACUACUCAGAACAUUGCAUGGAAAUUUAGAAGCUCUUCAAUCAAAAAUCCCUCUUCUGCAAUUCCAUAUGAACUUAAAGAAGACAUGUGUAAGACAAACAAAGACUCCUUCAACAAAAUAACAAAUAAAGUUGAACAAGAUGACAUGCCAGUAAAUUGGAAUGAAAUGGAUGACAAAACAGGUAUUGUUCGUGAUUUGAUAACAGAAGAGGAUCACAUUAACAAUGAAAUACAUAAACUGAUGGAGCAAGAACAACAACUGCAAAAGACAAUCAAUCAAUCAAUAGGGGGCAUGGGGACAUUUUAUUGUGAGAUUAACAAAAUCAUAAUGGAAAUAAAUCACCUGCAAGGCCAUAUGCAAAAGACUAAAAAUAAAGCACAGAAUCUAAUAAACACAGAUCCAAGGGAAGAAAAAAGUGUUGCUCAAAAAGAAAAUAAGGAAAAAAGUAAAAAAAUUUAUAUUUUAAAAGGAUUUGAAACUAAGCUCAGAAGGCAAGGCCUUGAAUUUCAAUCAUGUUCCAUUGAGAAAAGAGAUGACCCGAAUGUAUCAAAUAACUUAGGGCAAACGCAAGCAACAAAAUCUAUCAGAAAAGAAAAUGAUAAAAAAAGAGAGGAGUCUAAAUCUGCCAAGAUAAAAAAUACAACAGAUGUGGAGAAGCUACAUACAAGUAAGACUAACUCUGAGAUAGAAAGAAUACUGCAUGUCAAAGACAAAAAGACGAUGAGAAAACUGCAAUCCGAGAAGAAGGUGUUGCAAUAUCCUUUUAGAACUUGUAUACAGUCAAUGGAAAGAGUGGCAGAUGACUUGAAGACAAAGUUUAAGAAGAAACUUGAAGACGUUGACAAAAAAGUUGUCAUUAUAGAAGAGAGAAUUAAAAGUAUGCCAAAAAUGUUGCUUGAAUUGAAGCAUAUGCUGGAAGAAUGUAAUCAAGGAAGGGAUCAUAUUUUAAUCAACAACGAACUAAUACUGGAAGGAAAGAUCUGGCUGAACAACUUGCUUUCAAACAUGAUGACAGAAACAGAAAAAAUAAAGCAUCUGAAGACAAACCUCUUGGGAGAAAAACAAGACCUGGACAAACUGAAGAACGAUGUUAAACAAGAGAAAGAAUACAUGAGCAAAGCUAAUAGGCUUAUGAGUAAAGACAAACUGGAGCUGAACUUGAUUAAGUCCGAUAUGCAAAAACAAUUGAUCACAUUGAAAGAGAAAGAAAGCUUGAUUAAACAGAGAUACAUUGACCUUGAAAUAAAAGAACAAGAGGUCAUAAAGAAUACAACAGGACUGGAAACAAUAGGUGAAAAGUUGAAAAAGGGCAUUGAACAAAUUCAUCAGCUAAACAUUGAUAUUAUGUCAAAAACAGAAGAAGUAAAUGAUAACAGAUGUGCAAUGGAACAGCAAAAUAGGGACUUAUAUGUUAACAGACAAGAACAUUGUCAAAGGAGUAAAGAGUUUGAAUUUGCCAGAACCAGAAUAAGUGCAGAGCUGGAAAAGCUACUUAAAAUGCAGAGAAUCAACGCAUGA